AUGGAGAAGCCAUCAACAAUGAACAUCGAUCAUGUCGAUGACAGUCCGAGAGAUUCGGCUGCCGAGAAAGACCUCCAUGAUGCGCACUCACCGCCCGAGUUUACACCCGAGAUGGAAAAGCGCGUGUUCCGGAAAAUGGACCUGCGGUUGAUUCCGAUGUUGUCGCUGCUGUAUCUACUGGCGUUUCUGGAUCGAGGGAAUAUCGGUAAUGCGAAGAUUGAGGGGUUAUUGGAGGAUUUGAAUAUGACAGGGCCGCAGUAUAGUUGGACCUUGACGGUGUUCUUUUUUACCUACGCUGCUUUCGAACUGCCGAGUAAUUUGCUACUGAAGAAAUUGAGGCCAUCGCGAUGGCUGCCGAUAAUCAUGAUUGCUUGGGGGAUUGUCAUGACACUGAUGGGAGUGGUUCAAAAUUACGAAGGAUUGCUGGUUGCUCGUCUCUUCCUCGGUCUAGCUGAGGCUGGCCUCUAUCCCGGAACCGCCUACUACAUCACCCUCUGGUAUCCCCGUCACCGCGCGCAAUACCGACAAGCCAUGUUCUUUAGUGCAGCAAGCAUUGCGGGUGCCUUUUCAGGUAUCUUAGCCUAUGCCAUCGCGAAAAUGGAUGGCGUCGGCGGAUAUGAAGGGUGGCGCUGGAUCUUUAUCCUCGAAGGUCUUCUCACUGUCGUCGUUGCAUUCAUCGCUCCGUUCGCGAUUCACGACUCCCCUGAGACAGCCACAUUCUUAAACGAGGAAGAGCGACAAUUCGUGCUUCAUUCGGUGCGCUUCCAAACAUCAGCAGGACACGACAUCGGCCACGUCGUCGAAGAAGAAGAAAUCAAGUUUCGUCCUCGCUAUGUGAUCGAUGCCUUGCUGGAUUGGCAGAUUUAUGUUGCCUUAAUCAUGUACUGGGGCAUCACAUGUCCAUUAUACGGCAUAUCCUUCUUCUUGCCGUCGAUCAUCAAGGAUUUGGGCUACACGUCCUCGACCGCCCAACUGCUCACAGUCCCGAUAUACGUGACUGCCGCGAUCGUCGCCAUCGCCGCAGCAUGGGUGUCCGAUAAACGAAGACAACGCUCACCGUUCAUCCUCUUCUUCAUGUUCCUCAUCGCCAUGGGUUUUGUCAUUGUCCUCGCGUCCACGGGAAGAGGCGUCCCCGGCGUGGUCUACUUCGGUGUCUUUCUCGCCGUCAUCGGAAACGUCACCUGGCUCAGUGUCAACCUCGCAGGCGACUAUAAGCGUGCCGCCGGAAUGGCCAUGCAUAUUGGAUUAGGGAAUUUAGCAGGCGCCAUGUCCUCUAAUUUCUACCGCACUCAAGACGCACCGGAAUACGUGCUCGGCCACGCCCUCGAGCUCGGCUUCUGUGGUGUGGGGAUGAUUGCUGUGCUGGUUCUCAGGUUCUCGUAUAAGACAAUUAACAAGAAACGGGAGAACGUGGAUGUGUCGCUGUAUAACCCGGCUGAGAUGGCGAAGAUGGGUGACCGGUCGCCCAUGUUUAGGUACAUGCUUUGA